UGGGUCUGGGUCCUGGUCCCGGGUAUCAUCCCUGGUUCCGAACUCAAUCUCUUGAUGUCAAACCUAGCUUCCUUUUCCCUCUCGCUUCCUGAGGAAGGUCUUCCAUCAUCCGCCGCCUGAGAAGGCGAAGGCUUGGCUUCCCUUGGAGAAUCGAGAGUGCCUUGGGCAUUCGUCCCCUCCUCUUCUUCCUCCUCCCUUUGAGAUGGUUUUAUCCAACAAGAAGCUCAAGGCGAAGUUCCGAUCCCUCCUCGCGGAAUCCCUCGCCGCACCCAAAGACUCCGCGAGCGGCGACGUUAAUGAGCAGCUCGAGAGCGUCAAAGAGAUCCUGGGAUCCCGGAAGAAGCCCAGGCCGUCGUCUAAGAGGGGGAAGAGAAGAAAGAAGCCCAAGGACUCGGAGCCCGUCGAGGAAAGCGGAGACGCCCAGAAAGAAAACCAGGAGAACGAUGAGUCGAUCGGCUUGAAGGAGGAGAAGCAGCAGAAGAAGAAGAGUGGAAAGAGGAAGAGGGAAGGCGACGGAGCCAACGAAGCAACAGAAAACGAGCAGCAGCAGCAGCAGCAGCAGCAGAAGCAGAAGAAGAAGCAAAAAAAGAAGAAAAAGGAUAAGAAGAAAGUGAAGGGGAAGGGGAAGAAGGAAGAUAAGCAAGAGGACGAGAAGCACGAGAAGGGAAAUGAGAGUAUAAGUGGAGAGAGCAACGAGAGACGGGUGCAAGGGUCCAUCAAUAUCGAGCGAAGCGAACAAGAUGCGAAGAAGGUUUACGUAGGUGGCAUCCCUUACUACUCGACCGAGGAAGAUAUAAGGAGCUUCUUUGAGGGUUGUGGCACUGUAACCGAAGUGGAUUGCAUGAGGUUUGCUGAAAGUGGGAAGUUCAGGGGAAUUGCCAUUCUUACUUUCAAGACAGAAGCUGCUGCAAAAAGGGCUUUAGCUCUCAAUGGUGCUGAUAUGGGUGGAUUUUAUCUAAAGAUAAAACCUUUUAAAGCCAACCAUACCCAGAAAUCAGAUUUCGCACCCGAGAUGGUGGAGGGCUACAACAGAAUCUAUGUCGGAAAUCUGUCAUGGGAUAUAACUGAGGAUGAUUUGAGAAAGCUUUUCUCUGAUUGCAAAAUCUCAUCUAUCAGAUGGGGUACAGACAAGGAAACUGAUGAUUUCAAAGGCUAUGCCCAUGUUGACUUCGUUGACAGUGUAUCCCUCACAAUUGCAUUGAAGCUAGACCAGAAUGCCAUAUGCGGACGGCCGGUUAAAAUUAGAUGUGCGGUUCCUAAAAGAGAAGUAGAAACCAAGUCAAGCUCAGAACCUUCUGGCAAGAAGGCUGAGGCUAGCACAAAUGAAGGAGGUUCAAAGAAGAAGAGAAGAACAUGCUAUGAGUGUGGUGUUCCUGGCCAUCUCUCUUCUUCUUGCCCUAAGAAAAUAGCUGUCGAAGUCAAUGGUUCUGGUGCUGAUAGUUGAUUGUGAAUUGUUGUUAUUAUUAAUUAGAAAGUAUUGUUGACCUUGCAUCUGAAUUACAUUGAUGCCAUGUUCUUAUAGACUUGGUUGCAAGGCAAAAUUGCAGACAGAGUUGGUAUUAGAAGAUUACCACCGGAGGAACUUAUUCAAAGAUGGAAGGCAAUGGACAGAGCAUUUUGUUUUUUUUUUAAAAAAAACUUGUGCACAAAACAAACUUCUGUCUGUUUUUUUUUUAUAUAUAUAUUUUUAUAGGCAAGGGGGAGCAAGCUCUACUUGCUUCAAAAA